AUGCAUUUCAUCACAGAAUUCCGACAGAACUUUUUCCACCUCGACAGAGGGUACGAUAGUAAAUUACCUGAAGACGGAAUAAAGUGGAACUUCAUCGUGUCAAGUCUCGCCUCGUGUGCACUGGAGUGCUAUCACCACACCGAUUGUAUAUCUAUGUUUUACAAGGAUGGGCAAUGCAUUGGAUGGAACACGAGACUGAACGACCUGUCCCCGACUUCGCUAGCCGACAAUAUGCGAUAUUAUGAAUUGAGAGGUAUAUAUGGUAAUGUUGCUAAAGGAAAACCAGCGGUUCAGUCAUCCACCUUUCCGCCUUUCCAAGGAUCAUACGUCGCUUCCAAGGCCGUGGACGGAAGCAGAUAUCCCGUCGCUUUCCAACCGGACGAUUCCUGUUCGUGCACGGGGAAGACGACCUUGGAAUGGUGGCGGGUUGACCUUUUGGAUACCUAUCUAGUGACAGACGUAGCCGUGCUGAAGAGGCAGGAUGAUAUAUUUGGGAUGACUCUGGUAAAUGUCAGUAUCGAUGUUGCCUUGGAUGUCGGUGGUCCUUUCUCACAUUGUUACAACACCGGUCCCACAUACUCCGUGAUGAGAUUUGAAACGUUUACAUGCCAGACGCCAAUUUAUGGACGUUAUGUAAAACUCUCGAAACUUGUACAAUCUUAUUAUUGUAUGUGUGAGGUUGAAAUAUACGUUCUAGCAUAA